AUGUUAGUCCGACCUCUCGUUCUCGAUACAUCGGAGAAGCGCAUUGGCUCACAGCAGUCUGUGAUAACAAGAGACGCUUUGAUGUUGCGGAACUGUCGGCAGUCUUCGUUGGGGGGCCAAGGAGAAGCCACGGUCCAAGUUCAAAAACUGAUUUUAUUUUACAAAGGAAACAAUGAAGAGAUAAGGCCAAAAAAGUGGUUUGUGGGUGGAGGGCAGAUGUCCAACACCACACGAAGAGUGUUGAACUCAUUCCGAACAGCACGGGGCGCGGUGUCAGAUGAUGCUGCUGUUGCUGUGUCUGCUCCUCUUGCAUACCAAACACGCUCUGGCUUGUCACACCCGCAUCGAUGCGAGUGCCUGGAGCGAAAUCACGAAUGUGCCAUGAACGGGCCCAACGGGCCUUUCACCGAAGCCUCACCGGCACGUCCGUCCGCUCCAAGCCCAAAGAGCGCCAGGAGCGGUAGAUCGGCCAUUAUCCGCAACUGGUAUGCUGUGCAAAAUGCAUGA